AUGAGCCGUCGCACAUCCCGUGAUCUGGAGGCGCAACAGCCCUCGCAGCCUCCCUAUGCUGCCCACGGCUCCCAGCGUGCCGCCGCCACGGUCCAGCCAUACCACGCGCGCAAGCACUCGUCUCCGCUGCCCGAGCAUGCCGCUCGCCACUUUGACGACAUCGACGCGACCAGCCUCCAACCGCCUCCCUCUGCUCUGACACCCUCCUCUGCAACCGCCUACGACCCACAUGCGCCUUCCCCACUAGACGACUAUCCCCGCUCCGGCCGCACCACCCACCAGCGCUCGCUGACAGGCACCAUUUUCGACAACUUCAACCGCGCCACCUCGACCAUCCAGCAGCACACGUCGCGCGCCUCGUCCCCCUCCAAGUCACUGGCCAGCUUCAUUCCCUCGCGGGGCACCGUCGAGUCCAGCGCCAGCCAGCCCAAGAUCCGGGCCAUCCAGAACUGGUUUACCGGCUCCUCGCCCAAGAGCGGCUCUGCCCAGCACGACGACGACUAUUCAGACUCCGAGUCGGCGUCUGGCGAGGAAUACGACUCUGAAUCCGAGUCGGACCAGGACGAGGAAGAAGAAGAAGAAGAAGAGGAGGAGGCCGGCACCAGCAUGAUGUCCAACAUCUUCACCCGCGGCUCCUCUCUCACGAGGGGCGCCUCCGAGAGCCCCCCGCGUUCAGAAGCCGCCCAGCCCCAGCCCCAGACAAAGCCCCAGACAAAGCCGCCCGCCCAGCCAACCGCCAGCAGCAAGUUUGCCUGGCUGCUCAAGACACAGAAGAAUGCCGCAGUCCCUCCCCCGGCACAAUCACCCACAUACCACAACCCUGACGACGAGCUGCUGAAUCUCAACAUCUCGCAAGCUCUCUUCCCGCACGGCCCCGCAGACCCUCUCGCUGCGUCGUCGUUCCACGACCUCCUCACCAAUGCCGAAGCAUUGCUCUCGCGCUACCAGACGGCCUACCGCCAACUCUCGACCGCCCUCGUCGACGCACACUCGGAGCAGAGUGCGCAGGAGGACGAGCUGGACGAGGCCGAGACACGGGCGCGCCAUCUUAAGAUGCAACUCGAGACCAUGGCUCAGCACGCCGACGAGCAGGACGAGCAGAUGCGCUCGCUCAUGGAAGACCUUGCAUUUGAGCGAAGAGCAAGGCAAGAAGAAGAGGCGGCCCGCAAGAGGAACCUGGCCCUCAUCCGAGGCGCAGCCCCAUGCGAGCAUGCCUCGUGCCAAGAUACCGCUAUCCGACGGCAUAACCGUGUUUCGGGCUCUGGAUUGAGCGUCGAUUCAGGAUUUGAGUCGGAAACGGAGACCGACGGCGCCAGUGUUUCCUCGAGAAACUGCUUGAGUCCAACCAACACCGAACGUUCGCACGCGCUCGACACCGAAGUCCAGGACAGCCCGUCCAAGACGCGUAAAGCUGCACCUCCGCCCGUGCGAAACACGAACCAAAAGGCCACCAUUGCACAGGGCGGAUGGGGCUGUGCCAAUUGCGAAGGCGGUGCUCAAUCCGCCGUGUGGGGUCGUCUGGCCAAGGAGCGAGAGGAGAACCGCACUCUGAGACUUCGCGUGGAAACGUUAGAAGAAGCCGUUGACGGUGCUUUGAACGCUGUUUCUGGCGCUUGGGUCAUGUAAAUAGAGUGUGUGUAUGUGUGUGUCCUAGUACAAUUUGUGGAAACGGCACUUUUGGCGUACGGUGUGGGAACCAGGGGAAUUUUCUUUUCUUUCGUCUCUUCAACGAGGAUAGACACUUUGUUCGCCUGUAGCUUUUUUCUUUCUUUCUUUCUUUCUUCUUCUCUAUUUUCUUAUAUGUAGUACAGAUGACAAUAUGC